CCGAGCGUCUGCUGUGCGUGCGUGUCUCAGCAAAGCUUCAUCUCUCCCCCGGCAUUAGCGCCACCGCUACUGCUGCUGCUGCUGCUGCUGACGGCACGCGAAGAAAAAACUUCUUGCCGGCAAAGAAAAAGUUUCGCAAGUUGUCUCCGGACACGUGCGACUGGGGAUUGAACGCGGCGGGCGAGCGAUCGCGCUCGAGGAUUAGCGAGUGUGGGGAAUGUGGGAGAACCGAUCGUUGCGAUAGAUAGCGACGGGUCGAUAGAGCUACAGCGAUCGUUGGCAACGCGAAACCGACGGCGAAACACGCGUGUGACGGAGCGUCCACAGCCGCACCCCUGCCUGCUCGACGUGACGAGCCCGCUGUCAAGACACACCGAUCCAACAAAGGCGGAUUCACGGCGCUUUACUCGGUAGACCCGCGGAUUGAACCUGUCCCGUCGGACCUGGCGUACGCCGCUGGCAAUCGCGUAUGUCGUGGCGAUCCGUCGAAUAGCGAACAACAGUUUUCUAUGAGAGAGAGUGUGCGUGUGUGUGCACCUCACGUAUCACCUCGCGUGUCGGCGCAGUGACCACGUAUAUCUAACCCCAGCAGUGCGCGCGUGUGCAUGCGCAGCGUGAGGAGAGACAGGGAGGUCGAGGUUGUGGUGCUCGCCAACGAGACGUUCUCACGGGGUUUCGUUCAUCGUGGGUAGACCCGUUGCCAACACGUUGUCACCACAUUGUCACGGCUGUCAAUCACCUGCUGGUUGUCACGCGACACGUUCACAGGUGUCGCAGCCACCGGCGACGGUCGCCGUCAGCGCCGCUUGUGUACACGGGCAUUAGACGCAGGUCGCGGGAGCGGGGUUAGAUUAGACGGGCAGUGUGAGACAGCGGCGUGUGCUUGAGCGAGCGACGUGAGUGAGUGUCGUAGAUUGUGGUGUUGUUGCUGCUGAUCAACCGAUCUCUGCGCGACGUGGACAACGUACCGCGGGUAGCUUAGAGAUCUAGAGGAGAGGAGACGCGAGGCUGCAAUAUAGUAGAACGCAGGCUGGAGAUUUGUUCGCUGGAGAAUACUGGCCUUGGUAGCAUGACGGUUGCAAAGGAGAAGUGCGAGAUGAAGACCAAGAAACACAAGAUCGUCACGUUCAAACUGGAGCCGAGAGCGUCCACCUACCCCGUUGACUACUACGUGUCAGAACUACAGCGAUACGUGCAGUCGACGCAGAGCCCCGGAAGCGACUCCGGAACCGGAAGCUUUGAAGAGGAGAGUAUUCACCAGGGCGCGCUACUGUCUACCCUAUUGCGCAAACUGACAACGGACCUAAAAAUGGCAUAUUCCAGUUUCGUCGAGGAGUUUGUCAUGGAUGAACGCCAGGGCGUGUCGCGGUUACUGGACGUACUGAAGCAAGUACACGAGGAACAGGGCUGCACCACGGCCAACAAGAAACUGCACAACAAAUCCCUGACUGAUGAGCACGACUGCUUGCUCAGCCUGAAGCUAGCCACGCGAGUACCCGAAAGCAUAGAUCAAAUGGUGGCUCACCCUGGUGGUAUGGAAGAAGUGACAGCAUGUUUGAUGAGCAGCUUCACAAAAGCAAGGACUCUGGCGCUAGAGCUGCUAACGAUUACCUGCUCAGCGAAGGAUGGAAAUACCAGAGUGUUGGAGUCAUUCACUAUGUUCAAGUUCAAGUUUGGAGAGUCAGCGCGGUUUAAGAUGCUCGUGGGCAUGAUGAGUAACCCCGGCUACACUGUAAUUACCUUCCAGAUAGCGGCACUACAGAUGCUAAAUCGGUUGCUGGACAGCGCAGCCAGUCCCAACAUGCGCGUCUACCUGCAACAGGAGCUGGAAGUUGCUGGACUAGACUUACAGCAGCUACAAGGCAGCUGCAACAGCGUCGAUGAGCCCGCAGAUAAGGUGGCAACACUAAAGAAUGAGGUCAGCCUUUGGAAGAACAACUACAUCGACGUUGAGGUAAUUGCCGACAACAUGCUCAAGGUCAAUGGCGACAAUAUCCUGAUGAAGAACAAAGUGACUCACCUACAGAAUAACUUGAUGGCACUGGAGCAUGAGCGAGUGGCAGUGUACAGGACAGAGCAAGAUCUACGAGAUGAGUGCGCACGCUUGCGCCUACGCCUUGACCAACUUGAGAGUCGCGAACCAAGCGACGACGAGGAUGGCCCGCCUGUGGUGCCCCCUCGUGUUAACCUCACAGGAAGUGCAUCCUCACGCUCUUCUUCCCACAGAGGCGUCAUGGACAAGAUUCUCCCCCGUGGUAACAGCAACAGCCUGACGUCACUGUCCACGAGUUCGACGCACCGUCUCAGCAGUUCAUCCAACUCUCCGGGCACGUUGCCGAAAUCUCAUCACAAGCGGUCGCCGACCGUGGAGCCGGACCUCAUCGUCACCUGCCCGCUGCCGUGGCUGAUGCAGCCGGAGGCGGCCAUUAAAUUCAACGCCUCACACAGUGUCGACCCCUACAUUCCCGUCUACCAGGACAUCGACGUCUACGCGCCGAGCAACUAUCACCAUGCCAACGGUUACUACGAAACACGCACGCGCAGCUUCAACCAGCAGCGCCCUCUGCCGCCGACGCCGAUGAAGGCCAGUAAAUACGGGCACGAUGCCGGGCCGUACGUGCCGCUGUACCACGAGCCGCCAACCUACAUACCAGCGCCGGACUACGCCAAGUCCCGGUGCGCCGCUGUAGAGCAUGAGAUUGACGUCAUCGAGAGCGCGUUUGACGGCAUCGACGUCGGAAAACGUGCCUUCUUCUGAGUGGUGUCGCGAUGGACGUCGGAAAACGUGCUUUAUUCUGAGCGGUGUCGCGAUGGACGCUGGAAAACGUGCCUUAUUCUGAGCGGUAUCGUGAUGGACGCCGGAAAAAGUGUUUUCAUCUACGUCACGUGACUGAUACUGAGAGAUCUCACGAUUCGAGAGAUCUCGACGUUUUCGUAUUAGUACAGGAGCUAGUGGCAAAAUUCCCAUCUGUCCUACACGCACACGCACGCACGUACACUCACACACGCGCACGCACACUGACACGCGCGCACGCACACUCACUCACGC